GGCCUACAUUGGUUAUGGCGAAUGCAUCCAGUAUACGCGUUCUAAAGUUUAUCUGAAGUUCGUAACGAAGUUGGCUACGUUGAGAGGUAAAUCCUAUGUAAACGUCUUUCUGGAGAACUGGAUACAUUCUAGAAGUGGCCACUUGGGGUGGACAUUGUACAAGCUGGCAGUUAAGACAGCAACAUCUCCGGUUCACUUCUGCACUGACGACAAGCAGCCACUCAGGUUGUACUUUCGUGAAUUUAACUACCAAUAAGAAGUUAGCUACUUGGGGAGACACUCGGAAAGUCGCUCGCUUUUGCCGUUCCGUUUUCAGCUUGAGAAAUCGUGAGACAUUCAGAACGCAGCCAGCUGUGUGGUCGUGGAUCUUUUCUGCUUUGCUGUUGCUAGAAACCAGAGAGAAUCAGCGUGAAAGAGGUGCAAGAGACCAUAGUGCCCGGUGGCAUUGGCUACAGAGGGCGUCGUCAUGGCAACGGACAGGGAGCCUACCGCCACUGCUAAACUCCUGCACCUCAUCUUCCUGUCUACCUUUUGGGGAAUGCAGAUAUGGGUCACAUUCAUUUCCAGCUUUGUGAUGGACAACCACCUCAACAGGCACACGUUUGGGUUCAUCCAGAGCAGACUGUUUCCCUUCUACCAUCACAUGGGCUCAGCCUGUGCCUUCUUCAAUCUGGCCAUUUAUGCCGUCUACCACCCUAGUGAUCUUCUAGAUGAAAAGGAAGCCUUCCAGAUCUUUAUAUUCUUUGUGUGCGUGACGGUGGCUGCCAUCAAUGCCCAGUGGUUCGGCCAGAUGGCCUCUGAGAUCAUGGCGGACAUGCACCUCAUCGAGCAGGCCUGUGGACUGGGCCUGGACAUUGGCCUCUCCUCCAACCGCGAGGUCUACGCCAAGCUCUGUGACUCCGACGCCAAGUACAAGAGGCUCAGCAGCCGCCUCUGGCUCUACCAUCUCCUGUCGUCUCUGUGCAACCUCUGCUGCAUAGUCUGCAAUGGCUACAGUCUGUACUAUCUGGCCGAGAACCUUUCCACCAUCUGAUUCCACGAGAACUGGUCCCCCGACGAUUGCGCUUUACUCUCCCGCGAAUGCAAUGCAACCAUCCAUGUCUCUAUGUAAGCAUCAAAACCCUUCAAACUCUCAGGUACCUCUGAUGCUUGCAAAAUGGAAUUCUUUUUUUUUUUGACACGCUUUUUUAAUGUGUAUUUACAUCAGUAAGUUGUGGGUUCUUUUUUUUUUUUUUCAUCUUAAAUGUCUCCUGGACAAUCUUUAUUGACUAUCCAAAUGACUGUGGUAGUCUGCUGCAUGUUCCGUGAGUGACAGUUUAAUCUUGAGUAGUGUGACCAGCUGUAGCAACUGCCUGUUGACUUUGAUGAACACAAAGGGAAUAUGUGUUUUGUUUGGUUUUGUUUUGUUUUUCUCUGUUUGUCCUUUUAAGGUGCCACGAUGAUGUGUUUCUGAGUUUGAAAAUCUGCUAUGUCCAGUGCCUUUGUGUGUUAAGAGUUAAGUGCUAAUAAUUCUCUUUUUGACUGCCCAGUGUACCUUGGGCACUUGACUGUUGUUCCAUGGACAUUUAACCUUUCACCUGGAAUGGCUGCUUGGUUGGUUGUGCUCCACUGACAUUCUUACAUGCCAAAUACGCACACGCACACACACACACACACACAAUUACAGAAUGUAAACCCUGCUUUUUUCAUGCAAGUGCUUUAUUUUGUCUCUUUAUAAUAUAAUGUUAGGGUUUACUCCACUCUGUGAUGUGCAUUAGCUCUCCGACACAAACUGUUGGCAGUCCAUUGGUGCCUCUGUGGGAAGUGCCUGAACCCGCUGUGCCUGUUCUCCCCUCAGUCAUUUCUCUCACGCUGGGAAAUGUUGUUGGGCUUGUUAUGCUGCUGGUGGAGCUGACGAGAUGCUUACUCUAGCCUUGGCCAGCGCUGGCCUUCUAUCUGUGGGAAAUAGAGCUAACGAGAUGCUUACUCUAGCCUUGGCCAUCAGUGGAGCUAACGAGAUGCUUACUCUAGCCUUGGCCAUCAGCUCUGGCCUUCUAUCUGUGGAAAAUAGUUGCAAACCAAAGGUCUUUUUUUCUCAAAUAUAUGACUCACCCUGUGAACAGUUAUGACUUGUCACUUACUGAUACUGUCAGUAUAAGCAUUCAUUAGGCGUCAGUAUAAGCAUUCAUAAGGCGGGGGUUUCUCUUGAACCCUUCAGCAGUCAAUUAGCAGUAAAUGUAAAAAAAAAGUUACAUUGACAGCACCAGCAUAAAAGCGAAUGAUCCCUCUUGUUACUGUAAAUACAAUUGUUAUACAUUUUAUAAAAUAAACUCCACUAGCUGGGAGCCACCUGUUUACAGCAGGCAGGUCAUGGAGUACUGGGCCUCUCUGGUCCAAGGUCAGACAGAUGAAAUGGCAGCUGACCUAGGCCUAAUGAAUUAGUGUGGACUUCUGAUUUAGACAUUGUUUUUUUGUUUGUUUGUUUUCCGUGUAUAUGUUGUCUUGAGUCUCCUAUGUAGCCUUGGAACCACCUUUUUUUUGGCAGUUAUCUAUUCCUCUAGCAGUGUCUCACGCUCGGGGAGAGGUCUUGGCACUCGGCACAGGCUACCAAGCCCAAUGAGCAUGACAUGUUUCCCACAGCUCAAAAGGAUUGUUGUGACUGAGUGAAUAUUUACUUGAAUGCCAUUGUUGUCAAGUGUGCCGUAACUGCACUGAAAUCAAAAACAGUGCAUGUGUCAUCUGCAGCGCUAAAGGUUAAGACACAGAUGCAACAGAUUUGCUUUUAGUGCAUAUCAACAUGGAUGGGUGUGUUAUAUGACCUGGUCAAUGUCUUUUUAAGAAUUGAAAGAUGAGAAAUCACACAACCAGAGAUUUAUGAAUGAAAUCUACACACUCUCAUGAACAUGACUUGGUUGUCUUUGGGGAGUGAGGUGUAGGGAAUUAAGAGAGUUAAAUUUGUUUCAUUGUUACUUUGCCUGAAGUUUUGAUAUUUACCUAAAGGGCUCCACUUGCAGUCAUUUGUACUGUUUGUUAUUGCAACACACAAACAUGUUAAUUGUGUAAGAGGUUAAGGGUUAUUUAUAGAUGCCAUUUGUGGGUCUACGUCAUGCAUCAAGUAUUGAUUUUUAAUUGUGUGAUGCCCAUGGAGGUCGAGAGUCAAUGAGAUCAUUCAGAGUGAUCAGAGACCACUAUCAGGUUUGCAGUCCAUUAAAUAAACUGGAUUGAUCCCAUCA